AUUUGAAGCAGCAGAACACAGUGAGUCGUGAAGUUCUUGCCGAUAGAUACAUACAUAAUUUAAGAAUUCGAUUUACAUAAAUAUACGCGCUCACAGGCAGAGGUGAGGAGAGUCGGAAAGCAUCGAUACUUUAAAUAAACACAUAGAAAAUCGGAAAAAUAAGAGAAAAACCAAACUAUGAAAAUUAGUUGCUUUAUAUUAUGCCUUAUGGCAUCCGUCUGCGUGGCACAAGAUGGCUCGUUGGACGAUCUAAUUUCGGAGAUUUUCAAUACAGACUCUAAUUCAUUCACUUCGACAAGCGAAACGCCUGAGCCUGUGACUAUUGAACCAGUCGUUGAGACCAAACAGCAAAUUAAAUACGAGUCCUGUGGCAUAGAAAAAGAAUGUGUUCCUCGUUGGUUAUGUUCUGAGGACGAGAUAAAUACCAGCGGAAUAAAUAUAAUAGACAUUCGUAUAGACACUUCGUCACCCUGCCCAAAGUAUUUGGAAGUCUGCUGUGCUCUUCCCAACAAAAGAGAUAAACCAGAUGUACCAACUGGACCUAUUGACCAGAAUCGAGGCUGCGGCUAUCUAAACCCUAAUGGUUUUGGUUUUAAAAUAACUGGCGACGAAAAUCAAGAAGCUCAAUUCGCUGAAUUCCCAUGGAUGGUUGCGAUUCUGCGGCAAGAUUUCCAACUCAACUUGUAUGAAUGUGGGGGUGCCGUUAUAGCACCCGAUGUGAUAUUGACAGCAGCUCAUUGCGUUCAUACCAAAGACACUACAAACCUUAUUGUCAGGGCUGGUGAAUGGGAUACGCAAACGACGAAAGAAAUAAUUCCACAUGAAGAUCGUUAUGUCAAGGAGAUAGUAUAUCAUGAAAAAUUCAAUAAUGGAUCUCUUUACAAUGAUGUUGCACUGCUCUUCUUGGACAGCCCAUUGGUCUUCCAAAUGAAUAUUCAACCCGUUUGUCUGCCAGAUAUUGGCGAGAAAUUCGACUUUGAACGCUGUUUUGCAACUGGUUGGGGUAAAAAUAAGUUUGGCAAGGAUGGCGAAUAUCAGGUCAUAUUGAAAAAAAUUGAUCUGCCCGUCAUGAAUAAUCCAACAUGCCAAGAGAACCUUCGUAAAACACGUCUCGGAAGACAUUUCAUUUUGCAUGAUAGUUUCAUGUGUGCAGGCGGAGAAAAGGACAAGGAUACGUGUAAGGGCGAUGGUGGUUCCCCAUUGGUGUGCCCCAUUAAAGGGCAGCCUGAUCGCUACAAGGCCACUGGCCUAGUUGCCUGGGGCAUUGGCUGUGGCGAAGAGAAUAUACCUGGGGUUUAUGCAAAUGUUGCAUAUCUAAGACCAUGGAUUGACGAAAAACUUGCAAUGAGACGCAUUAAUUCGAAAUACUUCACGGCUUAAUCCAUUAGCAAUUAAUACGCAUAAAGUAAAAAAUGUUCUUUAAUGAAUUGUGCAAAUAUCAACCAGAAGACAAUAAAUCGAUUUUAUAAAUACAAAAAAAAA